UGCAUAUUUACUGUGACAGUGUAUGUGUAUCACCUGUAAUCACAUACUGAAAGCUGCGUGGUGUAUGAUGGACAUGGACUGCAUAGGGUGUAGGCACAGAAUCACUUUAUUAUAAAAUUCUCUAAUUAUAUAUAGCAUUUCUAUAAAGGGGACGCUCCUUUACUCCCCAGUAACCACCUGAUUCAUGUUCCCAGUAUAGCUCGAUGCUUAUAUUUUCUGUUCCUUCUGGCAGGUGCGUGACUCUUGUUUCUCAGCUCCUUAUCUCCGGAAUUUAGCCAGCCACCUGUUGUUUUCAAACCACUGGAACAUGCAGAGCUUGCUUUGUACAUGCCCUUUCUUUGAUCCAUCGUCCUUGGCUGUUUCAGCAAACAGGCUGAAGCCGCAUACUUCUCAUGCUGUUUUUAUUAAACAAGAUGUUGCUCUCCACAAACCUUUACAUAGCUAUAGGGAGAAUUUCCAGUAUUGGCAAAACUUGUGACUUCCUCACCAUAAGUCCAUCUGAGCAGCUGUUGCUGUUAAGCAGGAUCCAUCCUGUUUACUUCAGCUAAUACAAGCCUGUGCUGUGAUAACAGUCAAUGGAGAGAAGAAAGGAGCUAGUAGAUGUGAGCCUAGCCAGUGUGUCUGGGAGCACUGCAGCAGGAGGGGCUAAAAGAGGCUGAUACAGUUUGGAAGAUGGAAUAAAGGUAUAUGUGUGAUGCUAUUGGGGUAACUGAGAAGCAGAGGAGUCUUCCUGUGAAGGAGCAUCAACAGCCCUUAGGAUGUGUUAUCGUGGUUAUGGUUAUCCCUUGAUGUUGUUUUUGGAAGAAGGAGGAGUAGUGACAGUGUGCAAAAUUAAUACUCAAGAACCUGAUGAGUUGUUAGACUUUGAUUUCUGCAGCACGAAGGUGGUUAAUAAAAUUAUCCUGCAGUCGGAGGGGCUACGAGAAGCAUUUGCCGAACUGGAUAUGACCAGUGAAGUUCUGCAGAUCACCAUGUCUCCAGAUAAACCCUACUUCAGGUUAUCCACUUUUGGAAAUGCAGGAAGUGCACAUCUGGACUACCCUAGGGACUCUGAUUUGAUGGAAGCAUUCCACUGUAGCCAGACCCAGACAAACAGGUACAAGAUUUCUUUGCUUAAACCAUCUACAAAAGCACUGGCUUUGUCUUGUAAAGUGUCCAUUCGAACAGAUGCUCAAGGAUUUCUUUCACUGCAGUAUAUGAUCAGGAACGAAGAUGGACAAAUCUGUUUUGUGGAAUACUAUUGUUGCCCUGAUGAGGAUAUUACUGAAGCAGAACUGUAGGUGUAUGUUUUGGUGUCUGUAUUAUAUUUAUGGAUAUGUAAAAUACUAUAUUUUUGUAUAAAACUAAAUGAAAGCUGUAAAGAUUGGUAGACUUGAUAUUGUCAUUUUUUUUAACUUUGUAAUUAGAAAUAUAAAUAUUUCCUUUUUGUUCCCUUGCAAGCAUUUCUGAGCCUUGACAGAAAAAAAAGAGGCUGAAAAGGCAAAAUGGGAGCAGAUCUCCUGUAGCCACUGAUUCUAGGACAGAUGCUGAAGUGGUGUUCAUGUAAUACGUUGCUGCUUUUUACAGUGUUCUCCAAGACUUUUUGUUUGUGUUUUGUUUUUUGUCUUUGGCUUGUUCUAAGCAAUUAUACAAGAGAAAAUCUGAAUACUAGCUGUACGUUAGCCAGUUAACUUUCAAUGACUUAAAAAUAAAACCAAAUGACAUUUUCAAACUGA